GAAGCAGUUUCAGUUAUACACAACAAACUGAUGACUGUGGUUUGAUUUGGCAGAAACAAGUUUGCAGCUACAUUUUUAACGGACAAACUCAACAGAGUCAAGUUUACUUUCAACUGGAUAGCAAACAUGAUCACAUCAUGAAAUGAAUCAUGUUAAGCCAUCAAUACAUUUUGAAUUACCUACCAAGUUAACAAUGUUUUUAAAUUGUAAUAAAAUGUCAAAAUCAAACAAGUAAGGAUUCGACAAUUUGAUUACUUAACCAAACCUUGAGAACGCCUUUCUGUUCUCUUCAAUUCUUGCUUUACUUUGCUCAUUGUGUUUAUGUUUCUUCUUUGUUUCGCUUUUUCAUUUUCGUGUUUAAUUUUUUUGAAGUGUAAGCAUCAAUCUUGAUUUUUUUUCAAAUAAUUUCAUUAUUGUUGUUAAAUCAUCAACAACUCUUUUAACAGUGAGUGAAUAGUUACCCAAAUAAUAAAACAACUGACUGGAAAUUGAGUAUAAACCAUCAAAAAGAGCCUCUCAUCAUUACUCUGUUACAUCUCUUUAUAUUUGUGACUUCAGUCAACCGCACAAUGUGCUCAUAUCGAUAGAUGUAAUCGUAUCUUAACAAUUUUUACUGCCGAUCAAAUCAACUUUCAUUCUCAUUGACAAUCAAUUUCAAAUUGUGAGUCUCAGUGUGAAAACCAGUUCAAUAAUUUAACUGUUACAGUGAACUAUAAUCCCAAACAUGGAUCAAAUCAAUUGGAUUGCCUGGAGAUUAGUCUCUUUUUUGGUUCACCUAAUGGCUACCUUAGUCUAUUUUUAUGGAUUGGUUUUGUCUGAAAUUACAUUUCCAGAUAGAGUAAAGGACUCGGAAGAACCAGCCUGGGCUGGAGAUUGGAAGUUCCUAACCCGUUGGAAUUUUAUGAUUCAAUUGGUUGUGUUUACAACACUUCUUGGUCUUGAUUUGGCUAUUGUUGGCAAAUACAUUUUCAGCCGUCGAUCUGAUUGUUUGGACCUAUCAGGUCACUCAGAGGGUAAACAGUCAUCGAUAAUCAGACGGUUGUCGAUAAUCGUUGAUCAUGUAAUUUACUCACUGGCUUUUCCAUUAGGAGUUUUUGUUACCAUAACCUUUUGGGUUCUAGCUGCAAUGGGACCAGGAACAGUUACCAGUAGACCAACUAAAUACAUUUUGCUCAAUCAUAUUGUGCACACACUGGUUGGUCCAACGAUUAUCCUGGAAUUGCUGAUUACAAGCCAUAAAAGACCCAAGCAUUUGGUUAAAUCAAUGUUUAUUUUAGUCGCCUUCAUAAUUUGUUUUAUAACUUGGCUAUUUUUUGUACAUUUUUACAUUGAUUUCUGGCUUUACCCGAUUUUGGGUAAACUUGGUACCGUUGGAAGGAUAUUUUUCAUCUUUGGCUGUAUAUUGAUGCUUCUCAUAUUUUAUUGGAUUGGUAUUGCAAUCAAUAAAUUAAUCUGGACUGAAGAGAGAGACUUCGCAUUCAGAAAUCAACCCAAGCCAUUGCAUCAACUGGACACAACCAUAAUGACUGGAGUAUCUCAAAAUUACAACCCUGAAUGAACCAAAUAACCAAAUUGAUGCAAAGACUGACAAAGAACUUGUCAAAAGCAUUCAAAAAAGCCACAGAUCACCAAAAAACUUGCUAAAAUUGUACAAAAUUAAUCAAAUGUUAACCUUAAUAUGUAAAACCUUUAAAUCAAAGGUUAAUUGUUGACUGUGACCAUAGCAUUCAUUUUGUAAAUCAAUUUUUAAAACUUUGUUUGCUUGACUUGAUACACUUUUAAUGAUGCUCUGUUGUAGUGAAAUUGGUUUGCAAAAUUUGCUGGCAUAUCGAUGCAAAUCACAAUCAGUUCAAUAUAAGCAUAAAUCUGUCAAUAUCAUGUAUCAAAACUACUUAUACUGUUUAACCUCUUGUUAAUUACAAUCUAACAAAUUAUCCUCUUUGUUAUUAUUUAUUAAACUGAAAAACUUAUCUCUAAAAAA